AUGCUUUCCGGCCCGACUAGCCUCAACCGGCAAGUACUCGCCGCCGUCGACCGCUGCCGCCACCUCAGCCACCUCCACCAGCUUCAGGCCCGCCUCGUCAGGCUCGGCCAUGGCGCCACCCAUUUCUAUACCUUCAAGCUCAUCCGCCUCUGCGCCACCCGCCUCCGCCACAUCCCCUACUCCCGCCGCCUGCUCGACGCCUUCCCCUCCCCCAACGCCCACCUCUACGCCGCCGUCAUCUCCGCCUACGCCGACGUCUCCGACCACGCCUCCGCCGCACUCCUCUACCGCGACGUGGUGCGCGCGCGUGGGCCCGGGCCCGGGCCCAACCACUUCCUGCUCUCCAUUGCCCUCCGCUCGUGGCCCGAGCUCCUCAGGAGCCACGGCGUGGAGCUGAUCCAUGCCCAGGUCGUCAAAUCUGGCUACGGCGGGCACACGGCCGUGCAGACGGCUGUUCUGAUCUCAUACUCUAGGUCCGUCGACCAAAUGGCCCUCGCCCGGAAGGUGUUCGACGAAAUGCCUGAGAAGAACGUGGUUUCCUGGACGGCCCUGAUUUCCGGCUACUCAAAAGCAGGCCAGGCCGGGAAUGCUGUGUUACUCUUUGAAGAGACACCUGAGACUAUCAGAGACACCCCAUUAUGGAACUGUAUAAUCUCAGGCUGCAUACAAAACGGGCUGUUCUCCGAGGCCCUCGAGUUCUUCCAAAGGAUGGUUUUUGAAGAAGGCUCGCGUGCCAAAAACCGUCCUAACCAGGGGUCGUUCGUGUGCGUUCUCUCGGCAUUAGGUCAUGGUGGAAUGUUGGAGCUCGGGAGGUGUGUUCAUGGGCUGGUUUACCGAGCUGUGCUCGACUCCGACCUUUUUGUUGCCAAUGGACUGAUCGACAUGUACGGAAAGUGUGGGAGCCUCGAUACAUCGAGGACCAUUUUCGGCCGGUUGGCCGAACCGAACCUCACAUCGUGGAACUGUUUGAUAAAUUGCUAUGCCUUGCACGGUGGGUCCCACGAAGCCAUUUCGAUUUUCAACGACAUGAUCGAAUUUGGGAAGGGAGUGAAGCCCGACGGGGUGACUUUCGUCGGGCUCUUGAGCGCUUGUGUCCAUGGAGGUUUGGUAUCGGAGGGCCAUCUGUAUUUUAAUAUGAUGAUCGAGAAAUACGAAAUCGAGCCAGCGGUCGAGCAUUACGGAUGCUUGGUUGAUCUGCUCGGCCGGGCGGGAAGAUUUGAGGAGGCUAUGGGGGUCGUGAAGGGGAUGACUAAGGUCCCACCGGACGAGGUCGUAUGGGGCUCGUUGCUAAACGGGUGCAAGAUCCACGGGCGUGCAGACUUGGCUGAACUUGCGGUCAAGAAGCUGUUCGAGAUGGACCCGAGCAACGGGGGUUAUAGUGCGAUUUUGGCGAAUCUGUAUGGGGAAAUGGGGAAGUGGGACGAGGCACGUGAGGUGAGGAGGAAGCUGGCCGAGGGGAAUGUGUCGAAAGCGGCCGGGUGUAGCUGGAUUGAAGUCGAUGGCCGAGUUCAUAGUUUCUAUUCAUUGGAUAGAAAGCAUCAGAGGAAAGAGGAAAUAUAUCAGGUUCUGGAUUGUUUGCUUGAUACUUACAGGACUUUGUUUUUUUCUUACUGGGUCGUGUAG